AGGCGACCCAAGAUGGCGGCGGUGGUGGAGAAUGUUGUGAAACUACUGGGAGAGCAGUACUACAGGGACGCGCUGGAGCAGUGCCAUAACUAUAACGCCCGCCUGUGCGCGGAGAGGAGCGUCAGGAUGCCCUUCCUUGACUCGCAGACCGGCGUCGCCCAGAGCAACUGCUACAUCUGGAUGGAGAAGAGACACCGAGGACCGGGUGUGGCUCCGGGGCAGUUAUACACCUACCCUGCCCGUCGCUGGAGGAAGAAGAGGCGAUCUCACCCUACCGAGGACCCUCGCCUGGCUUUCCCCUCUCUGAAGACGGAGUUGGACCUGGGUCUGAAGAAGGACCUGCUGGGCUCGAGUGACGGCAGCAGCAGUCUGGAGGCUCUGCUCCGCGGAGAGCCGCUGGAGAAGCGAUCGGCGCUGGAGCUCCGGCCGAGCGACGAGGAACCGGCGCACAAUGAGUACGCGAGCGGCGGUCUCAACCCCGCCUCCAGAGUCAGGAAGAGAAUUGUGGAACCCGAUGACUUCAUGGAUGACCUGGACGAUGAAGAUUAUGAGGAGGACACCCCGAAGAGACGCGGCAAAGGCAAAGGAAAGGGACGGGGCGUCAGCAGUGCUCGGAAGAAGCUGGACGCGGCAGCUGCUUUGGAGGAUAGGGACAAACCGUAUGCCUGCGACAACUCUAUCAAACAAAAGCACAUUUCAAAAACUUCCGAACGAGUCUGUGGGAAACGCUACAAGAACAGGCCUGGACUGAGCUACCAUUACACCCACUCUCAUUUAGCCGAGGAGGAGGGCGAGGACAAAGAGGAGGUGGAGCUUCAAGUGCAGACUCCGCCCCCACCAGAGGAUACUAAGACCCCUAAGAAGGGUCCCGAUGGCUUGGCGCUGCCCAACAACUACUGCGAUUUCUGUCUGGGCGAUUCCAACAUGAACCAGAAGACGGGGCAGUCGGAGGAGCUGGUGUCCUGCUCCGACUGCGGACGCUCCGGCCAUCCCUCGUGUCUGCAGUUCACCCCAGUGAUGAUGGCGGCGGUAAAGACGUACCGCUGGCAGUGCAUUGAGUGCAAGUGCUGCAACAUGUGCGGGACGUCGGAGAACGACGACCAGCUGCUCUUCUGCGACGACUGCGACCGCGGCUAUCACAUGUACUGCCUUAACCCGCCCAUGUCGGAACCGCCCGAAGGAAGCUGGAGCUGCCACUUGUGUCUGGACCUACUGAAAGAGAAGGCUUCCAUCUACCAGAACCAGAACGCUCCGCCGUCGUGAUGGACUCACCCGCUGACAACAACAACACUGGCCCCGCCUUCCCGGUUCCCCCUCCCCUGCGAGCGAGCGAAGGAAGAUCUAUGGAGAGACAGAGAGAAACAAAGAGACGCCGGGGAUGGGAAUAGAGAAACGUAGUUAACCUAUUCCCCCAAGAAAGAGGGAGGAGGUGAGGACGGGGACGGGGACGACGACCCAAAACAACCGGGAAGCGAAUUUCUCGUCUCGACAGGUUUAAACCCAAUAUGACUGUUACACAGUUCCAAGUUUUAAACUACCCUCUGCUUUUUGUUUUCAACUAUUAACUUAAAAAAAAACAGAACAAACACACCGAUAACUGACUAAUCCGCAAAAGCAAAAAAAUGUCUAAUAAACGCGCUCUGCGUCCUUCCGCUAACUCGAAAUAUCCGCCAGUAGAGACUUCGUACCGGGUUACAUAGCAAUAGUUGAAACCAAUCAGCAUGCUUGUUCUGAAUAAAAACAAACGGUAGCUGUCUACUUUUUUUUUUUCUUUUUUGUAUAUUUAUAUAUUUGUAAAGCAUAUAAAAGUGUGAUGUAUUUAAAAAAAAAUUAUGAGAUUCUUUAAAAAAAAAAAAAAAAAAGUGACCGGUUACUAUUUUAGCGGUGUUCCUUUUUACGUCGCAAGCGUCACCCAGCCAGUGCCAUCGAUGUGUCCGCUUCGCCGCCAUCGCCGGAUCCGUCGACGAUCAUGACUUAAUUGAAAGUUUUUUUUUUUUUUUACAUUUUUUUUUCCUUUUGCUUUGUUUAGAAAGUGAAAUAUAACUUCCUCAAGGAUCUAUCUAAUAAAGUGAAAUGUUGUAGUGUAUUAGCGUACAAGUCAGCUCAGGACAUUGACAUUGUGACAUUUUGUGGCUUAUUAUUAAAAACAUACAAGAAAAAAAAACGAUUCGUGGAUUUGGAGAGUUAACAAACGGCUCAUUACUCAGGUUGGUUCCUCGUACGUUUUUUCCGACUCUUGUCAGAACUAGCUAAUCCAGUCCUGACACACUGUUUAGCAUGAAAUGCAAUACGGGCUGAUUUUAAAAAAAGAAGAAAAAAAAGGGCCAAAAGCACGGACAUGACGUCCUGUCUGUCAAGACGACGACGCCGGUGUUAUUUUUUUUUUCUCCAGGCGGUUACUUAGGCAACCCGCAGUACUUCUGAGUAUUGCUUCCAGCACCUGUCACUUUGACCGUAUCCUAGUGUCAUUUACAGUUAGAACUGUUUAACCAUAUGCAUGUUUACCUGGUACCACUUAUCAAAGUACACCUGCGCUUACGCUCGCCUCACAUUAAAAUCAACAGGUUUUGUUUUCUGUUUGUUUGGGAAAGUUUUGUAAUAUUAAUUUUUGCUCUUAGAUCAGUCAGCUAACACACUUUAACAACACAGUAAUUAAAGGUAAUUUUUUGUUGUUGUUUUUUAGUACAGCUGUUUUAAUUUUGCUUUUUAUUUGAUCAGUGGCCAUUUUUACUUGUUUUUGUCAAAAAAAAUUUUUUGACAGGUUUUCUUAAAAAAAAAAAAAGAAGGUUUUGUUCAUGAUGGAAUGUUUUUGCUUUUGUGGUACAAAUCAUGAUUUCUUUUUCCUUCUCGAAAGAAAAUAAAACCUAUUUAGCACUGACUAUUAUAUUUAUACUCUGCUGCAUCGACUUUCUUUUGGACUAUUUUUACUUUAGGUUCUGUGGGAUGUAAAUGCUUGAACAUAAAUAUAAUGUUAUUUGAAGUAGUAUUUCACUUUUUAGUCAUGUGUAGACAUUAUGGUGGGUCUCCAGUGUGCAUGAACAAACACAACAGUCCCUGAUUUUUGUCCUUUUUCCAUGUUUUCAGGCCAAUUCGAUUUUUCCUCCCUAAUGUGACCUCAUAUAAGAGCCUUGCUUGUUGCGCAGCUCUGCUGUUUUCUACUGCGGUGUGGCUCAGCGCACUUAUAUAGACACUAAAAUAAAUUUAGAGAAGGAGUGAAACAGAAGGAGUUUAAACGUAGAUAGAUCGGUUGUUGGAGAGAUAAGAGUACUUUAUUAACAACAAGGGGAAAUUGUAAUAAUUUUUUAAAUAAAAUAUUAAAAUAGAUGUAUUAUUUGAGUUAUAGGUCAGCAGUUAACACAGACUAUUGUACUAUUUGCUCGGCACCUUGUGUUAUUGAGAAAUAUGGAUGUCCGGUUAGAUGG